AUGUCGACUACUGACAGUGAAACGGUAAUUGGCUCACGAGCCGAGGAAAGCAAGGAGCACGAGGUGCAUCACCUUCCAAAGACAGAGACGAGGGACUACUGGGGCGACCUUCUGAAGCCCCUGCAGGAGAACGAUGCAGCACAAUGCAAGAUCUGGGAAGGGGAGGUCCACAACGUCCUCGUUUUUGCUUCGCUCUUCUCGGCCGUUGUGACCACGUUCGUCAUCGAGUCGUACAAGGACCUGAGGCCAGAUCCCAACGAAACAACGGUUAUCCUCCUCACGCGCAUAGUCGCGCGCCUCGACAACACCACCAAUGGAACACUAUCCCCUCUUCCCGGUGAUGAACCCAUCCCCUUUUCUCCCUCUUCAGUGGCCGUCAACGUCUUCUGGAUCCUUAGCCUUGUUGUCAGCCUCACCACGAUGCUUAUCGGUAUUGUUGCAUCCCAAUGGCUACGCGAGCACCAGCAUCGCCCCGCCCAUUUCUCAGCCGAGGAAAACUUCGGCUUGCUGAGCAUGAGAACAGAGAUGAUUGAGAAGUGGGGGAUGGGCACAUUCUUCUCCUCACUUCCCGUCCUCCUCGAGGUCGCUUUGGUGCUCUUUUUCCUCGGCCUCGCCGAGUUCUUGCGUUCUCUGGGCGUCAGUCAAGUCACAGUCCCCGUCGUUGUUGUGAUCUCUCUUGCCUUCCUGUUUCUUCUGGUGACGACGGCGAUCCCGGCUUUCCAGAUCUUUACGGUUCGCUCAACUAGGAGGCAAUUCAACGCAAAUGUCCCGACUCCUUGUCCAUACAAGUCGCCCCAAUCAAGAUUAUUUCGUCGACUUAUUUCAUCCACCCUUGGGAGCGCUAUAGUGUAUUCCGUUUCCGUUCCUGUUUACACCGCCGUGGUUUCUACAUAUUCCAUCAUCAUCCUGUUCACCACUCGUGCGCAAUCUCUAGAAGUCUCUAGCCGUUUCGCCAAGUGGAAAUCCACCAUCAUCGACAUAUUUCCUGCAGAUGCGUUUCGAAAGCGGUGGGAAAGAGCUACAGCUUUCGGGUCUUCCAUGGUAAAUUUCUUCUGUACCCCACAUCGGUCGGACGUAAGUGGUGUAACGCGCUUUCCAGUCGCCUUUCCGGAUUAUAAUCCUGUCAAAGCUCGAUCGUGGAUAGAUCUCGAUAUGGCAUGGAUCUCGCUCCGGCGGAGCUACUCCUCCCAAGUCCUGCUGAAGACAAAAUGUUUCUUCAAACCCGAUGGGCGGUUCCAGAAGAGGGCCAACUAUGGACCCCUCUACGACCAUCUCCUCGGUAUCCAGCAUAUCCUCAACAAAUAUCCGCAGCAUUUGACGAUUCUAAAUUCUGCCUCCCAGUGUUUCCGAGACUGCAUCUCGAUGGAGAUAUGA